UGCAGCUCGGCAUCAUCAGACCCUCCAAUAGUCCUUGGUCUUCGCCCUUACACAUGGUGCCUAAAGCUGAUCAUGAUUGGAGGCCAUGUGGGGAUUACCGACAUUUAAACAAUGCCACAGUUCCCGACCGUUAUCCUAUUCCUCAUCUUCAUGAUUUCUCCCUGACAUUACACGGAAAAACCAUUUUUUCUAAAGUAGACUUGGUCAGGGCCUAUCACCAAAUACCAGUUGCCCAAGAGGAUAUCGAAAAAACGGCCAUCAUCACACCUUUCGGUUUGUUUGAAUUUCUCCGCAUGCCAUUUGGCCUAAAGAACGCAGCACAAUCCUUCCAACGUUUCAUGGAUCAGGUCACACAAGGUUUGGACUUUGUAUUUGUAUAUAUCGAUGACGUUUUAAUUGCUAGCUCGUCGCCCGAAGAACAUACUGAUCACCUCACCAUCUUAUUUCAACGAUUUGAGCAAUAUGGAGUCGUCAUUAACCCCAAAAAGUGCAUAUUCGGUGUCUCCUCUAUACAGUUUCUGGGACACCACAUAACCGCGAAUGGUAUUACGCCUACGGAGGAAAAGAUAGAGUCCAUCAAAAACUUCCCCGAACCAGAUUCACUCAAGAAGGUCAGACGUUUUUUGGGGAUGUUUAAUUUCUAUCGGCGUUUCAUUCCUUCGUGUGCCUCCAUCGUCCAGCCGUUAACCGACCUCCUUAAAAAUGAUCCUAAAAAGUUUCAGUGGUCAGCUGAAGCACGCGAAUCAUUUUGCAACGCAAAAGAUGCCUUAUCCAGAGUCACUAUGCUAUCCCAUAUCAACCCCGAAGCGUCGCUUAUUUUGUGCACAGAUGCCUCCCAAGUAGCUGUAGGGGCAGUAUUACAACAAAAGAUGAAGGGCGAAGUCACCCCACUCGCAUUCUUUUCUAAGAAGUUGGAACCGGCUCAGACACGAUACAGCACUUUUGGGAGAGAAUUGCUGGCCAUAUAUCUUGCAGUGAAGCAUUUCAGUUACUUACUACAGGGCCGGCAUUUCACUAUUUUUACUGACCACAAGCCCCUGUGUCAUGCUUUCACUACUUCACUUGAUAAACACUCCCCUAGAGAAGCCAGACAGUUGGAUUAUAUCUCCCAAUUUUCAACCGACAUUCAGUACAUCAAAGGGGAUGCGAACGUGGUAGCCGAUUCUCUUUCAAGAAGUGACAUUAACCAGCUCCAAACGUCGGUAGACAUCAGUCUUGAUCGUAUGGCUCAAUUACAAAGAGAUGACGUUGAACUCCAAACCUGCCGCAGAAACUCUUCCUUACAGCUCAAAGAUGUGCCUAUCCCCUUAUCAGAUGCAACCAUAGUCUGCGAUGUAUCUACCGGCACUAAUCGUCCAUUUGUCCCUCUCAGUUGCCGAAAAGCAUUGUUCGAACAUUUACAUUCGCUUUCUCACCCUGGAGUACGCGCCACGGUCAGACUGAUCAGCGAACGCUUCGUGUGGCCUAAAAUGAACUCUGACAUUCGGAGAUGGGCACGAGAAUGUAUCCAAUGCCAAUGCUCCAAAGUACACCGCCACACUAUUACAACCCCGAAGACGUUUAAAUUACCCGAAAGGAGAUUUCAGCAUAUCCAUAUAGAUAUCGUGGGACCAUUGCCAACAUCAAGGGGAUAUACACAUAUCCUGACAGCGAUUGAUAGAUUUACUCGUUGGGCUAUUGCAUGCCCCUUAAACGACAUAUCUGCUGAAAACGUUGCUUUAGUUUUUCUCGACCGUUGGGUGUCAAACUACGGUGUACCAACUACUAUUACAUCCGACCGCGGUCCUCAAUUCCAAUCGACACUCUUUCGCGAACUGACGAGACUUCUGGGAGUGAAACAUAUCUCCACAACAGCCUAUCAUCCGGCAGCGAAUGGUCUAGUGGAAAGAUUCCACAGACAACUGAAAAGCUCCCUGAUGGCGCAGAAUGAUACAUCUAAGUGGAGUGAAUACUUACCUUUGAUUUUACUUGGUAUCCGUUCUACUAUCAAAGAAGAUUUAGGAUGUACACCGGCUCAACUUGUCUAUGGCACCAACCUAACCUUGCCUGGACAGCUAGUCCCCUCAGCCGAUUCCACAGACGUGAACAUUGCCGACUUCACUAACCGAUUAACUAGACAAAUGCUUCAACUUCAACCAACAGCACCUCGACAAUCUCCCCGAAGAGAUCAGAUCAACAAACAUCUACAAACUUGCAAAUUCGUCUUCAUUCGAGUCGACGCCAUCAGAAAAGGAUUGCAACCUCCAUACGAAGGACCUUUUCAAGUUAUUAAACGUUCAGACAAACACUUUACAGUGAACAAGAAUGGAAGACGAGAGACUGUUUCAAUUGAUCGAAUCAAACCCGCAUACACCGACAACGACUUCGAAUCUACAUCGGCAGCUGCGCAAUCAAAUAAUCAAACAUCCGAUUCCACUCCACCGGCACCAAGUCUUAUCCUCCCUCCAUAUCAAACACGUAGUGGUCGGCAAAUCAGUAAACCGGCUCGCUACGUUCAUUUUGAGGACUAACAAAAGAAAAAUAAUUAAAAAUUAUUAUUAUCUUUUUCGUUUAGACAUUAUCAUCAUGACCGUUAGUAUUUCGUCGUAAACUUUGAUGUUACUAUCACUAUUAUUUAUUUAUAUGUACCUCACCGAAAAAACAGGUAGUGUCCUUUCCAAAAACUAUUGAUCUUUAAUCCAUAUUUUUUUUAAUGUUUCUUUCCCCUCCUUAAUUACUGUGUAUUUACAUAUUUUUCUUUAUACAUUAAAAAUCUAUGUUCAUGGUUAGUGCAAAUUUAAGUGACAUGACUUUCUAUUUCAAUUUUUAUUGCUGAACUCAUUGUAUAUGCUUUCAGACUUUACAUGAUUCACAUACCUUCUCGCGUUUAUGCAUGUUGUAAUAUAUCCCUAUUUUUAUCCAAAAUUUGCUAUUACUAUUAUUAUUUACUUCAUAGUUUUACUUAUCAUUUUCCGGUUGUCUCUCCGGACCUCUAGGGGGGAGCCGUGUUGAGUACGUAACAAUGUGAUUGUACACUUUUUGGUUACUUGUAUAAAUUCGAGAUAUUGUACAUAAUUUUUGUUUAAAACGCUUCUUGUUGAAAUAUACAUAACUUCCGUGUACAAUUGAAAAAUACACUCUGCUGUUGGAGACUUCGUCUUCUCCCUGGUCACUUCUGCUUACUUGCUCCACUCACACCGUGUUGUAUACUUCGGAUUUAUUGUAGGAGCCUACUACUCUCAACCGAAGACAUUUCUACAACCGGAACACAGCAGCUACAGCAGACGCAGUCCAAACAAUUAACGUGCCUGUGGAUUAUAUAAUUAAUUUGUAGCCGAGGACUUAGACUUUAUAUCCAAGUAAUCCUUUUUGUUGCUAUAACUCGUCACUGUAUUUUUGGUAAUAUAUUGUGAUUUAACACUCCACUGACUUGGAUUAUUACUUUUAUACUUGGAAUGUUAGUGAACUCUAAUAUUAGUCCCCUACAAAUUAAUUGGUGAGCCCGAUAAGAACACGGAUUAUUUUGGCAUAUUCAUAUUCUUAUUUUUGCUAUUUUUAUAUUCAUUGUGAUUUUGUGUGUGGUUUAUAUUUGUAUCCUAAUUUGCACCAAUAACCUCAUAUUUAUAAUGUCAUCACCUCAGUCCGGUACAUCAAACGAGCAGACAACUAAUAGCGAGACAAAUGCCACAAUAAAUGCCAUCACUGAUUUUCGUUUACCCCAAUACGGUUUCGCAGAACCAAGGAUUUGGUUUGCGGUAAUUGAACCGUUGCUAGAAGCACGGGGCAUUAAGUCCCAAAUAGCCAAAUAUGGUAUGGUGCUGGCAGAACUCCCUCCGUCAGUAUUGACAGAAAUCAGCGAUUUCAUCGAAGAUCCUCCGACGGAACAUCAAUUUGAUAAACUUAAAGCCCUCCUCAUACAACGUACCAGUUUGUCGGAUGAGAAAAGAAUCCAACAAUUGCUCACAGGCUGUGAACUAGGCCCACGUAAACCAUCCCAGCUGCUCAGGCACAUGCGCCAGUUAAUCGGACAUCAUAAAGUAGACGAGGUAGUGCUGAAACAGAUGUGGUUGCAACGUUUACCUAGAAAUGUCCAGCAAAUUUUAAUCAUCUCAGGAAAGUCGUAUGACUUAGACCAACUAAGUGACAUGGCAGAUAGUAUUUUGGAUGUUUUAUCCGAUAACACCAUAAGUCACGUAGCAUCUGAUAGUGCCACACCGUGUCAUUCCACACCCACGGCAGACACACCGAUACUCGCCGCCAUUGCAGACUUAGCGGCAAGGAUUGACAAGUUGGAAACUAAUAAGUCUGAUCGACAAGUCCGGAGACGGAGUUCACAAAGAAGGUCACCAUCACGACGACGAUCCUUCUCACGACAGCGUUCUUACACGUCUUCUCGGGAUAGCAAUAUAUGCUGGUAUCACUGGAAGUUUGGACGUCAUGCCCUGAAAUGUGUAAAACCGUGCAGCUUUAGCGAAGCCAACCAGGCUCAGGGAAACGCCUCAGCCAGACAGUGAUGGCGACAGCUGUUACUGGCAAGCAAACAAGUCGCCUCUUCUAUGUGAAGGAUAAAACUUCAGACAC